AUGAAUGACAGCGGGAUUAUGUUUGAAUCCUUAUCUUACCCUUUCAUUGUCACAACCUUGCCUUCCCUCGGUGCUUCAACAACAUUGGGUUUGAUUAUCCAGGGAUGCCCAAGUCUUCACAUCACACGACUCGCCAGCGUCGUUCUGCCAGUAGCGUUCUGUUACCAAGUCAUCAAUCGUUACACCAUUCGCAUGAUUCACCGACACCUAUCGAGUCCGAGGGGCAAGUCAGCUUGUUUCCAACUGUUGCUGAUUCCCAGCUUCCAACUCGCGUUGACCCUGCGCCCCGUUUGA